UAACUUCACUUAGAGCAAGAAAAUAUGGAAGGUGUCAUUUAAAAUUCAUUUUAAAAUUUGGAAAUUAGCAAUAUGUUGACUGCUUUGGGGAGAUUGGCAACGGCAUGUCCUAAAAUUGGCUUCAAGGGGAUAACUCAAGGAGGACGUCACCCAUAUGGUCAACCGUCAAUGGUUAAAAGCCCCCUGGAGCAACAAGGUCUCCUACACACUGGAUCGGUAUUCUACAAGGAAAAAUCUAAGGGCGAAGGCAAACCUGAAAAUGCGGCCAAGACCCCAUUUAAGUGCGAUGACUUAAGUAAGUUGUGUCCAGAUCCUUGUGUCGAUGAUGAAGUAAUGGAUGCAAUUGCUGAACACGUCGGCGGUAAAUGCGAGAGGGAUCCCUGCUCCAGGGUCAGAGAGCCUUGUGAGUCAUAUGUCAAGGCACAUAUAGGUGGGACGAAAAAACCUAACAAGAAAACGUGCUCCAAUAAACCGACUGACUCCAAUAAAACAGAGACUAAACCCAUUCCAGCACCAACUGCCUCGGGGAAUAAGCCAGAGACUAAACCCAUCCCAAAACCAAAUGCCUCGAAGGAUAAGGACCCUACCUCCAGUAAAUUACAAACUGACGCAAAUAAGAAACCGACUACCUGUAACAAAGAAAAGGCUGCCUCUAGUAAAAAACCGGAUGCCACCCAAAAGAUUGCCCCCAGUAAGAAACCGAUUGCCUCUACUAAAAAACCGUCUUCCUCCAGUAAAGUACCGAUUGACUCAAAUAAAAAGGCUAGCUGCAAGAAAAAACCGACUGUCGCCAGACAAAUAAAGGAUACCUCCAAUGGCAAACCGACUACCAAUGCCAAGACCCCCGCCAAAAAGAAGUAAAAUGUAAAGCAUCAAAACGAAUAAUCAAAUAAUACAGCCAACAGACAACCAAGCAAUUUGAAAAAAUUUUCAUUAUUCCAAUGCCAAGAACCCCAUCAGAAAGUUAAGCACCAAAAUUAAU